CCGUCUCCGUCGCAAUCCGCCGCGGCGACCUCCAAAAAGCAUCCAGCUUUACCCAAAAAAGAGCGGAAACAAAGAUUAUUCCACCUCCGAUCGCGUCUCGGCGUCGAGCUCCGCCAAUCCCCUCCGCGGCUGGGCCCGGAUUUGGAGCCCUCUCCCCCUCCCCCACAUGGCGGGAGCCGAGCGGCCCUGCCCGCCGCGGCCCGCGGGCGGCGGCUCCGGCGAGGCCGCGGAGUCCGACUCGCCGGUGAGGUGGGACGACGACAGCGGCGGCGGCGGCGGCGAUGACAUGGCCGCCAUAGCGGGAUUCAACCUAUUUGAGGAAGAAUCAGAUGACCCUGCUGCCAAAAGUGGCAUGGUCGACGAUCCUGAUACUACCACUACCAGUGAGUGCAAGACUGAUAUGAUUGAAGAUUUUGUAAAGAGGGAACAAGAGAAUAACUUCUACUGUGGUGCCCCGCUUCACGAACAUACCGGCAUCUGGGUGCCUGUUUCUGUCCCGCCAAUGACAAAACACGACCAUGAGGAAUGGCAUAAGGGCUUUGCUCAAAGUGGGUACUUUUCAGAACAAGAAUUCAACUGGGAGCUGGAUGAAGAGAAUAAAGAAAUGACAAUGUGGGACGUAUUUUCUGAGAUGGUUGUUGCGGCAAAAGAUAAGGUAAUAUCGGUUGCAUCAUAUGAUAUUGGGAGACAUGGGAUGUCUGUGCUGUCCAAGUUUUUCCUCCAAGAAGCUUGGAGGGAUAUGGCACAAACACUUGAAGAUGCCAAUGCUGGUAUUGCUGAUGAGCUCCUAGAGACAGAACAAACAGUAUGGUUGCCUGACAGUGCUGCCAGAGCUUGCAUGCUCUGUAAUGUGCGUUUUCAUCCAAUAAUGUGCUCUCGACAUCAUUGCCGUUUUUGUGGCGGUGUGUUUUGUGGCGGUUGUUCAAAGGGUAGAAGUUUGAUGCCACCAAAAUUUAAUACUUCAGAACCUCAAAGGGUUUGUGAUGUAUGCGGGGUACGUCUAGAGAGUAUUCAACCUUACUUGAUGAAUCGGAUCAGUCGUGCUUCACAACCUCCAACUCGUGAUGUCACUGAUCUGAGCACAUUGAGGUCAUGGCUGAACUUCCCUUAUGCACAUACAAUGGAGUAUGAGAUCUACAAGGCUGCAAAUUCUUUGAAUAGUUACUGUAAGGUGGGAAGACUGAAACCAGAAAAGGCUAUUCCCUCUGCUAUUCUUAAACAAGCAAAAGGCCUUGCUAUAAUUACUGUAGCAAAGGUCGGUAUGAUGGUUGCGUAUAAAGUUGGUACUGGGCUAGUUAUUGCUCGAAGAGCUGAUGGUUCCUGGUCACCCCCUUCAGCAAUCUCCACUUGUGGCAUUGGAUAUGGAGCUCAGGCUGGAGGUGAGUUAGCUGAUUUCAUUAUUGUGCUGAGGAACACAGAAGCAAUUAAAACAUUCAGUGGAAAGGCACACCUGUCAGUUGGUGCUGGCAUAAGUGCUUCUGUUGGUCAUGUUGGACGAGUAGCUGAGGCCGAUUUUCGUGCUGGCGAUGGUGGUUAUGCUGCAUGUUACACAUACAGUUGUAGCAAAGGUGCUUUUGUGGGCUGUGCUCUCAAUGGUAGCUUAGUAUCAACCCGAGACACUGAAAAUGCCCGAUUUUAUGGUGGUCCAAUAAAGGCAUCUGAUAUCCUCAUGGGAUCCAUGGCUAGACCACCCGCAGCUGCUGCGCUCUACAAGGUUCUCUCAGAAUUGUUUGAUAAGCCUGAGAAGUAGCCGCUUUAGGUCUCUAGUAUGCGUUGCAUCUGCUGGUAAAUACAUUCUGGAACUCCAUGGCAAGUAAUUGGAUUGUGGCUUUGCAAUCUCCACUUAUUCGUUGGUAGCGAUUUAAGCAACUGUACAGUCUGCCAUUCAUUGACACGCUCAAAGGUUUCUCGUCACGGUUACCACAAACCAAAUGUAAAUACAUGUACAUUGGAUUCCUACUUGCAUCAAGAUAUGAAAGAAAAGAAAAUUUUCUGUUCUCCAUUCAGCAUGAUCUGCAUGCCUGUUUUUCAGCUGCGUUGAUUUGUAUCAGCAAAUCAGCACUCCUGCUGUGAAUGGCCUAGGACUGUUUUUUUUCCGUUGCAUGCAGCUUUUCUCAGUGUACAUGUGAAUGUCCAUCUUCUCUUACCAUGAUCUUUGAAUUUGUGCACCUCCUCCAGGGGAAAAGAGGGGGUCCCCCAUCCUCAUGUUGAUAGAAUUCACAGGCAGUAUAGUCAUUUUUGAUGGUCCUAAAGAGGACACUGAAAAGCUGAUGUACCGGUUCUGGUUGUGUCACCCUGUUGUGUGGUUGCAUUCCAUGGUUAAUUAUUUUGUCCUGGCAAUGGAUAGCAGUACCAAAACAUAUGCAA